GUUUGGAUUCACAGUGUGAAUUUGCUUUUGACGACUGACGCUGAGGCCAGUUUUAAGGUAAACCAGUGCAAACUAAACAAACAGUUUGUAGCGGUCGGUUUGGUGGUACGAAUCAGAUCCGGAUUAAAAUGUCUCAGUGUUCCGAACCUGCAAUCAUUAGCUCUGGUGUGAACGAAGACGCAAAGAAGGAGAGGAAAGUGGCUCUCGUUACCGGCAUCACUGGGCAGGAUGGGUCAUACCUGGCUGAAUUUCUGCUCUCCAAAGGAUAUGAGGUUAAUGGUAUUUUGAGACGUUCCAGUUCCUUCAACACUGGACGAAUUGAACAUCUUUACCAGAACCCACGGACACAUACUGAAGGCAAUAUGAAGCUUCACUACGGUGACCUGACCGAUAGCACUUGUCUGGUUAAGAUCAUUAACCAGGUCAAACCUACAGAGAUCUACAACUUGGGUGCUCAGAGUCAUGUCAAGAUCUCCUUUGAAUUGGCUGAGUACACUGCUAAUGUGGAUGGUGUGGGAACGCUUCGUCUGUUGGAUGCUAUAAAGACGUGUGGCUUAACCAACAGCGUCAAGUUUUAUCAGGCCUCCACUAGCGAGUUGUACGGCAAAGUCCAGGAAAUCCCACAGUCGGAAACCACACCCUUUUACCCUCGUUCACCUUACGGUGCUGCUAAAUUGUAUGCCUACUGGAUUGUGGUAAACUUCAGAGAGGCCUACAACAUGUUUGCUGUCAACGGGAUCCUCUUUAACCAUGAGAGCCCAAGGAGAGGGUCCAACUUUGUGACACGGAAGAUCAGCCGUUCUGUGGCAAAGAUUCACUUGGGCCAACUGGAGUGCUUCAGUCUGGGCAACCUGGAUUCUAAAAGGGAUUGGGGCCAUGCUCAAGACUAUGUGAAGGCUAUGUGGUUGAUGCUGCAACAGGAGAAGCCAGAUGAUUUAGUCAUAGCAACAGGGGAGGUCCACAGUGUGAGGGAGUUUGUGGAAGAAGCCUUCAAACAUGUGGGGAAGACCAUCGUGUGGGAUGGGAAGGAUGAACAGGAGGUGGGUUGUUGCCAAGACACAGGAGUUGUGCAUGUGAAGGUGGAUCCAAAGUAUUUCCGUCCAACUGAAGUGGAUUACCUCCAAGGGGACAGCAGCAAAGCAUAUCAGAAGUUGGGUUGGAAGCCAAAGGUGACUUUUGAGGAGCUGGUGAAAGAAAUGGUGGAGGCAGACAUCGAGCUGAUGAAGAAAAACCCAAAUGCCUGAGAGAGUCCGUUUAAGACAGGCAGUCAACAUUCCCAUCAACACACACAAUAGAAGGUCCAUGACCGUUCCAAGUUAAUGUGUAUUUUUCUCAGAUAUUAAACAAUUCAUGAUUUCCUUUA